CUACGUUCUUCGUUGUCAAUUUAUUCUUUUUCUUUUCCGUAACCUAAGCAACACUCAAACCGACAUGGACAAAAUCAUUCUCAAGAAUCUCAAAUUCGACCUGGCGGUAGGCUUUGAUGCCUGGCGCCGGUACGGUAAACCACAGCCUGUUUCUGUCAAUCUCGAGAUUCACCCGAGGUCAAACUUCGAAGCUGCUGCGGCUCAGGACGACGUCAGUCUGUCUCUGGACUAUGGCAAGCUAUACAAGAGUAUCGCUGCAACCCUGGCAAAUUCAGGACCCCAUCAGACCAUCCACGUCCUGAUCGACCAACUGGCUCAACUCAUGCCUGAGUACGCAUUUCUCGACAUCGACAUCCUGUUUCCCAAGGCACUCUUACAAGUGAACGGAGGACUCUUGUACCGCCUCCAGGUCGACAACUCCACACUCGGAGUCAUGACACCUAGCUUGACACUUGAUGUCAAGGGUAUCGCGUGCAGCUGCAUCAUUGGUGUCAAUCCUCAUGAACGACUCUACAAGCAAUCAUUGUCCAUGGAUAUAAGCUUCCCAGUGAUAACAACCGCUCUUGGUCCCGAGCCAACUGAAACGCAUUACACUGCUGAGCUACACGACAUGGUCGAUGAAAUCAUUGAGCGGGUAAAAGGGUCAUCGUAUCAUACAAUCGAGGCUCUUGCAUCUGCAGUAGCACAAGUUGUUACCCUGAAUUACGGCCACACAGUUGCCAAAGUCCGCAUUGAGAAACCUAGUGCCAUUGCCACAAUCGAGGCUGCCGCCGUAGAGAUCACCAGAAGCAAAACCUUCUUCGAGAAUAAGGAUUUUUGGAAGGUCAAGAGACCUUGAUCAGGACCAUCAGGGGUCAAUUUCCAAUCAGGUCCACUAUGCUCACUCGUCUCCGCCGUGCUUGCGAUGAGUUAAGUCCACCUUUCGGGCUUGGUUCGCCAUCGACUUCCCUCCACGUCCCAGGAAGACUGUCUCGAGGCAAAGCCUGGACGUGUCUAGCCGAAAAGCUCGUGUUGAGGCCAGUUGUGAGCUCGGGAGUUAUAUAAGGCGCGAAGAAACUUUCGAUCGACCGCUUGGGACUUGUAGGGAUGCCGUCCUCUGAAUCUUCGUUUGGAUUGAGCACCUUUUCGGUGCAGAGUCUUUGUUCUCGUCUCCUCCUGUUCCUCUUUAUUACCGAUUCCGACUUACCUUCGGGAUGUGGAAGGCUUAAGUCUCCAGCGGGUUGCUUUUCCGUACUCUCUUUACUCGGCUGCAUAGAAGAAGAUUUCAGGGCAACACGUUCAUCGACAGCUUUCUUCCGCGAUGGAGUGUUCGGGAUGUUUCUGAGAGGAUUGGCUGGAACAUCCAAUUGGUGGUUACUCUUGUUGACCUUGAAAAAGUCAUGCAUGGUCGGUGGACUAGCUAGCAGUCUCUGGCUAGGUAUCAACUUCGGCGGCGGUGAGAGGCCUGUGGUUGUGUCACCACUGUCCUGGCCACGAAGAGAAGAAGCACCAAGUCUCGUGUUUCUUGAUGUUACUGGCUGGCUGCAUGGUUUCGAAGCAGACAUGUAAUUCAGAAUUGCCCCCGUUGGCAUGACACUUGCUGCUUUCGACUUAGUCUCAUUUUUUUUCUUGCAUUUCCGAGCCGCAAACUUCUUGG